GAUGGGCGAUACAGUAUCGAUAUUUCAAAUAUCGAUACUUCAGUGCCCAAUUAUCCCCUAUUUGUAUCGAUACUUUAUCGCUCGAUAUUUCCACGUAUCGAUACUUGACCCUUGAAUAUCGAACUUUGGUAGACCUAUGUCGACCGUCCGUGGCGGUUGGCGGUGGCGCCCGUGGGCCGGCCCUUGACUAUCCUUUGUUUUUUUAUGGCCGUUGCCGUUACGUUAUCUCAGUGUCUAGAGUGUCCAAUGAAGUGAAGAACAGAAGUCUGUAGAGCUAGUUCAAGGUUGAAGUACUUCAAGUACGUAGGUACGUAGUGUACGUACUGUAACAGUAACUCUCUUACAAGAGACUGCAGUUACAAUCAAGUCUAGACUAGACUUAGAGUGUCCGUAUCCAGUAAAGUGAAGAGCAGAAUUCUGUACAGCUAGUUCAAGGUUCAAGUACGUAGGUACGUACUGUAACAGUAACUCUCUUACAAGAGACUGCAGUUACAAUCGAGAGUUAAAUCUAAGAAAAGUCCUAAGGUGAAAGAGCACAUUCCACGUUCCCAUUUCCUAACUUCUAACUUCUAACGGCGCACUAACGCACUUACUUUCUAUAAAAGUACUAAAAUGCCGCCAAAAAAUCCUAUUUGGAAUUAUUUUGUAAAAAGUGAUACAGUUGCUAAAUGCAAAAUCUGCCAGUUAAAUGUAAAAACAUCUGGAAAUACAACUAAUUUACAUUUCCAUAUGAAUCGAUGUCAUCCUGAUGUUCAGAUGGAGAAAUCUACAGUAUUCGUCAAGACAAAAAGACAAAUAUCCGAAGUAGACAACGAAGAUAUCAUUGACCUUGAUGACCCAAUCUCAUCUCCGGGACCGUCUACGUCUAUAUCAUCAGAAACAGAAACGCGAUCGGUAUCAGUUUUACGAAAUCCAAUUGUUUCCUCCAAACAACCUCGAAUUGACUCAGCAUUUGCAAAACAAAAAUCAUAUCAAGAUGGAGGAUCCAAAGCUGCCGACGUGACAAACAAAUUGCUGUUUAUGAUUGCUAAGGACAACUUACCAUUUCGUGUGGUUGAAAAGGAGGGUUUCAAAACCUUCAUGAAUGCAAUAUUGCCAUUAUACACGGUUCCUAGUAGGAGGACCAUAACUCAUCUCGUGGAAGAGAAAUACGAGGUCUUAUCAAAUAUGAUGAAAGCAAAACUUUCACAAGUAAAUUAUUUAUCUUUAACUACUGAUAUUUGGACUGAAUCAUUAAAUAUGAAAAGUUUUCUGGGCUUAACGGCACACUUCUUAGUAGAAGAGCAACAUAGAUCUGUCACAAUUGGCGUUGUUGAGAUGACUGAAAGACACCAGUCCGAGUAUUUGAAAAAUUGGCUAUUAAAUUUAAUAGAUACAUGGAAUAUACAAAGUCAAAAUAUUGUAGCCGUUGUGUCAGAUAAUGCUGCUAACAUAAAAAAGGCUAUUGUUGAUGCCUUCGGUGCAGACAAGCAUUUGCCAUGCUUUGCGCAUACCUUGAACUUAGUUUUGGCGAGAAUUAUUGAUGACGAUAAUAUCGUAAAAGGUUUCUGCGCAAAAAUAAAAAAUAUUGUCACCUAUUUUAAAAAAUCAGUUAUUGCUGCAGAUCAAUUACGUAUUCAUUCGAACUUAAAGUUAAUCCAAAGUGUUGAAACACGGUGGAAUUCCACGUAUAAUAUGCUACAAAGAUUUAUACAAUUGUCCGAAAAAAUUAGUGUCAUUAUUUUGCAAUGUCCUACGGCUCCUCCGAUGCUAACUGCUUCGGAGUUACAAUCGACUAAAGAAUUUGUUGAGUUGCUAAAACCAUUUGAAGAGGCAACAAAAAUCAUAUGCGGCGAGUAUUAUCUUACUGCGAGUAAAGUAAUUCCAGUUGUCAAUAUUUUAAAGAAUACAUUACAGGCGUUUGAACCUUCUACUGAUAUAGGUCAUCACUUUAAAAAGGCGUUAAAAGAUCAGUUAAGCAAAAGAUUUGAAACUAUUGAACACGUAUCAUCGUUAGCUAUGGCUACAAUUUUAGAUCCUCGAUUUAAAAAUAUUAAUUUUAGCGAUAAAGUUGCUUGCUCACAUGCUAUUAAUAAAAUUACAAGGUUUGUAAAUUCUAAGGUUACAGAUAUUAACCAUGAAUUUCAAAGUCAACAAGAAAAUUCAGAUAAUAAUGAUAAAACAAAUUUUUGGUCCUAUCAUGAAAAUCUUGUAAAUUUAAAUAUAUCUAAACAGAUAGUUAAUCAAGAUCCUAACCAAAUGCCAGAGGACUUUCGUUACUAUCUGAAUCAACCACCGUUAAAAAUGAGUGAUAAUGCCAUAAAAUAUUGGAAUAUGGCCCGAGAUUCGCCUCUAAGAACCUUAGCAAUUAAAUAUUUAUCACUAAUUGCCACUUCAGUUCCUUCCGAAAGGUUAUUUUCUGAAGCAGGUAAAAUAAUGUCCGAAGAUAGGAACAGGUUGACAGGUGAUCACCUUAAUCAAUUAUUAUUUUUACAUUCCCUCGAUCUUGGCGAUUGGCAUUUAUAAAUUAUCAAUUCUGCAAUACAUCACAAACGCUCCUGCCAUCCUUCGCGACUGGUGACGAGGCGUUUGUGACGUAUUAUAGAAGUGAAUUUUUACACUCACGUGCAAAAAUAAGUAAAAUUAUUUUUCUGUUUGCAGUAAUUACACACUUCAGUGGACUUAUUUUUUAUACAUUCUAUAUAUUAAGUUUCUACUAAUGUUUCUUUUCUAAUUUUCUUACAAUUUGCUUACAAUUAAGAAUAAAAUGUCUCGUAAGUGUAUACAUACAGAUGAGGUAAAUUUGCGUUAAUUUAAUGAUCAAAGUAUUGCAUUUGCUAUUAUAGUUUAUAAGUUCCAUUUUCAUUUCUUUCUAAGCAGAUUUCAUAUGUGAUAUUACUGUUAUUACACUCACAUGCAAAAAUAAGUAAUUAUUUUUCUGUUUAAUGUAUGUAAUCAUAAUUACAAUAAUUAUAAGUGCUAAUGUGA